AUGAAGGCCAAACCUGCACCUUCGUCGUCUACAACUAUUUCAUCGUCAUCCAUCUGUGUGCAACGACCACCUCCAUCUCCCUCUAGGAUUCCACUUCCAGCGUCUCCGAUUAAGCAACGCGGGGGAACCUCCCCAGUAAAAAGGCCAUCUAUUAGUGGUUCCAGCAUUUUUGCUCCAUCGAAACCCAAGUCUUCGCUAUUCACACUGUCAAUAGCUCUGGAGAAGCUUGCGAUGCCUCCACCAAGUCGGCCCAAUACGAGUCUGGGCUUCAAUGUCAGUUCAGACAAAGACGAACAUACAGGAGCCGUUCAUUCAGUGGUCAAGGACGAUAGUGUUCUCACUGGCUCGUCGGGAACCUUUGCGAAACCGACGGCAUCUUCGCUAAAACGGCAUGCUACUAUCUCUGGUUCUAGCCGAGUCAGCAUGAUGAAGCGGAUGAAGGACAAGAGUGGAGCACUUGGGCGUACCGCAACUGGCAUCUUCGGUCCAGGUCUUGUGAAGCCAUCUCUGAAGGCCAGUCGAAAGACAAGCCUACCAAGUGUCAUGGCUAGUCCAGUGAAAGGUGGAGGUGGAGGUGCAGUUGACGAUAAUUAUAUUGCCAAUGCGACCGUCGAUGUUUUGGGUGCGGAAGAGGAUCUCGGGCAGGGAAAGCAACCCGAUGUGGCAACCCCAUUACCGUCUGGCAGUAAAACAUCCGAAGAACAGAAUAAGGAGGCCGAUCUCGUGAUUGAAGAACUACUAGGCUCAGCCGAUAAAGGGAAGCAACCUGAAGGGUGGGACUCGCGCCGUGCAUCAAGCGCAUUGCAUGCUUUAUCGCAAUCACUCUCUUCUCUUCCGAAAACUCCGCCUAAGGUAGUUGCACCAGGCACACGUACAGGGCUUCGGUCAUCGAGUAGUACAUAUUAUGGCGCAUCGAGUGCAAGCUCAGGCUUCAAAUCCGCCCAGGAUGCGAAGGAUAGACGCAAGCCUAACGAAGGUACGGAUGGAGCAGCUUCGCAGCGGAACGCACUUUCAAAGAGCGACGCCGCCGCUAGUCCUAUGGAAGGUGGAAGCGCAGGUAAGAGCGUUUUGAAGGUGUUGAAAAAGUGUGCAAUAUUCGUGGAUGUGCGGACGGAUGACGGUGAUGAUGCGGGGAGCCUGUUCGUCGACAUGCUGAGAGGGCUCGGCGCCAGAAUACUUGCUCGUGUUGGGCAGAGCUGCACCCACAUUGUCUAUAAGAAUGGUUCAGCUAGCACGCUGACGCGAUAUCGACUUCUGAAUGACCCCAAACCACUCGUCGUUGGCAUCGCAUGGGUGGUGGAGUGCGUUGAACAACGAUCUAGGGUAGAUGAGGCGAAGUUCAAAGUUGACUUAGAAAUGGUCAACGUUGCGGGCACCAACAAGAAGCGACGUUCUAUGCUUCCGAGGCAUAUGUCACCCGCUGCUGCUGGGCCAAAUUUCAUUCCAGCCAACCCCUCGUCGGAAGCUGAUGACAAUGAGGGACAGCAACGACCAGAUAAUGACAGUAGCUCACCAGAUGAAGAUGACCUGCCACCGCUUGAACGUGCACGAAGGCGACGCAGUUUCCUUCCUGGCGGACAGACAAGGCUAAUUUAG